CACUGCAGCCUAUUCCCCGAGACAACUCUUGCUAUAUUUUCCUCGAUAUGAAUGAAGUACAAUUAUCUUUCAACUAAUGUUAAAACUACACGCGUGUACUUUACUUGUCAGCUGUUCCAGUAGUCUAUCAAAUCGGAAAGAUAUAUCCCGAUUGUGAUAUGUAAUGACGACGAUUAUAAUAGCCUACAUUUAUUCUAAGAUUGUGAGUGUUAGAUAGACGUGGCUACUGUUUUCAACUGAAUCCUGACGCAAUAUAUGAAUGUACAGUGCAGGGUUGGGCGGUUUCACGAUGGUACGGUAUCCUCCGGUAAUAUAAAAACUUGAAGGUCAACACCCUCUGAAGAACUAUGCCUCAGUUGUUGUUACGUUCAAAACUCCCGUAUUUCAGAAUCUGAUUCUCUUGAAGAGGAAAUGGCUUCUCAAAGUGAAAGAGAACAGGACGAAAAGGAUGUUAAAAUUGAAAGAAGAAAUAGCAUGGAUCCUCCUAUCUAUAUGCGAAUCGUAUUACUGGGGAAGACGGGAUGUGGAAAGAGCUCGUGUGGCAACACCAUCCUGGGCACGGAGGCCUUCAAGGUGGCCUUCAGCCCCGCCUCCAAGACCAAGGAGUGUGAGAAGAGCCAGGGGGAGGUGGAUGGCCGGCAGCUGGUCUUGGUGGACACCCCCGGCCUGUUUGACACCACGCUGUCCAAAACGCUGUUGGAGCGCGAGAUCGGCAAGUGCCUGAACUUCUCGGCGCCGGGGCCCCACGCCUUCCUGCUCGUGAUUGGCUGCCGUCGCUUCACCCGGGAGGAGAGGGUCGCGGUGGAGAGGAUCCGGGAGAUCUUCGGAGAGGAGGCGUACAGGUACGCCAUGAUCCUGUUCACGCACGGGGACGAGCUGGAGGGCACGGUGGAGGAGUAUCUACAGGAGGCGCAGGAGGACCUGAGGGAACUCGUGCGGCAGUGCGGGAGCGUUUACCACGUCUUCAACAACCGAGACCCCGGCAACCGCGACCAAGUGCUCUCGCUGCUGGAUAAGAUCGACGCCAUGGUGACCGCCAACGAGGGGAGAUACUACAGCAGCCAGACGUACCGGGACGUCGAGCGAAGGGUCGCGGAGAGGGAGAACGAGCUGAGGGAAUUGUACGAGCGCACGAUGCGCGAGAAGGAGCGGGAGCUGGAGGAGAGGUACCGAGCGGAGCUGGAGUCACUGGAGAGACGGCUGCAGACGGCCGAGGCGGACCUGCAGAAGGAGAGGGAGGAGAGGAAGCUAGAGGAGGAGAAGAACAGGAGGAUGAGGGAAUUGAUGCGGUACUAUGGGUCGCUGAUGGGAAACUGCAGGAGAGAAGCCGAGAAAACACCGUUUUUAUUGAUGUAAAACAUGGCUCACAAGUGUAUAUAAUGUGUAUAUAAUGUCUUUUUUAUAGCCAGAAAAAUAACAGAAUCUCAAAAGAGGGAAGUUAUGGGACAUGGAAGGGCAUUGCUUUGCUACGAUUUUCCACCAUAUACAUAUGUACACCUGAUUAUAUUGUUCAGUACAUUCUUUGUCUAUAUUUAAUCAGACCAUCUAUAAACAAAAAGGCUUAACUGCAUUCAGGGUAUUGGAAUCCAGAGCAUUUUCCGUGGUCAUGUUCUGUGAAUAGUAUUUAUUUUCACCUAAAAAUGUUUGGUACAAUUGGUCAUUUCGGACUUUU